UCUCACUUCCGAUAGCUGAAGAUGGCCUCGUGGUUGAGCAAUGCUGGUCGUGUAAAAGGGAAUUUUUCAUCUUUUUUGGGUGGUUGAUUGUUCCGUAAAUACAAGGACAACUAUGGAGUUUGUUGAUGGCCAAUUUGACGACGCUGAUCCAGCUAGCCUACAAAAUGGAACAACCAAUGUGGAGCAGAAUUUGAAGAAUACGACAGACAGAAAUGAGGUUGAAUAUCAAGAUGAUGAUUAUGAUAGCAGUAGUGAUGAAUGGGAAGCUGAUUGGUCAAAUGAGUCCUAUGACUUCACGCGAAAACAUAAAACAUGUAAUCUCAGUUCUAAUCAGAAUAACCGACCAAAUCACCAGACAAAACAGAAGAGCAGUUAUCAACCACCAGAAAAGGCGCUCAGUAAAUUUGUCCAUAAAAUAAAUGUUGAUAAAUACAAUGGACCUAAAAUGUCAACAUCUGCUGCUAAUUCUCUGGCUGUUUCUGGCAGGAAGAUGGAAUCUGACAGAUUUCGUGGUAAAGACAAGGCUGAUCGAGCUACUGCUGAACAAGUGAUGGAUCCUAAAACUCGUAUGAUUUUAUUUAAGUUAUUGAGUAAAGGUGUAAUUUCUGAAAUAAAUGGAUGUAUCAGUACUGGGAAAGAAGCCAAUGUUUAUCAUGCUACCAGUAAAACAGAAGUUGACCGAGCUGUCAAGGUAUAUAAAACGUCCAUUCUACAUUUUAAAGAUAGAGAUCGUUAUGUAUCUGGUGAAUUCAGAUUUCGUCAUGGUUACUGUAAACACAAUCCACGUAAAAUGGUACGUACCUGGGCUGAGAAAGAAAUGAGGAAUUUAAUCAGAAUACAUCAAUCAGGUAUUUUAUGUCCAGAACCUAUUUUAUUACGUAGUCAUGUUCUAGUCAUGGAGUUUAUUGGUCAAGAUGGCUGGCCAGCACCACUGUUAAAAGAUGCCGAGAUCAGUGAAUCUAAAGCUAGAGAAUUGUAUCUUAAUAUUCUACAUAUGAUGAGAACUCUUUAUCAUGAUUGUCGACUAAUACAUGCAGAUCUCAGUGAAUUUAAUUUAUUAUAUCAUCAAGGUACAGUUUAUGUAAUAGAUGUAUCACAAUCGGUAGAACAUGAUCAUCCACAUGCUCUAGAAUUUCUACGUAAAGAUUGUACAAAUAUCACUGAGUAUUUCAAGAAGUUGGGUGUUUCUACCAUGACAGUUAAAGAACUGUUUGAUUUUAUAACAGAUGUUUCCAUAACUAUAGAUAAUAUUGAUGAUUAUUUGGAGAAAGCAAUGACAACAUCAUCUAAUCGUAAUAUCGAUGACAUAACAGCCCAAGAAAAAAUAGACGAAGAGGUUUUUAAAAAGUCUUUUAUUCCAAGGACAUUAGAAGAUGUACUCCAUUUUGAGAGGGAUUAUGAGAAAGUUGUUGGUGGACAGGGAGAUAAUAUACUUUACCAGAAAUUAACAGGACUAAAUAUUAAUAACCAAUGUGAUGACCAGACGUCCAUAGCAUCAGAAUCUGUGAUAGACUCUACCCUCCAGUCUGAUUCUGACAGUUUGGAUGAUUCGUCUUCAGAUGACGACAAUGAUGAAGGAAAGAAGAAAAAACAGCAUUUCCGUCCACGGGAUGAAUCACCAAAUGCCAGACGGGAAAGGAAGAAGGCAAUUAAAGAAGAAAGGCGGGAGAAAAGAAAAGAAAAAACUCCUAAACAUGUUAAGAAACGCAGAGAUAAAUUUGGAAAAGGGAAAAAGUGAAUAGCUGAGACAUUCGUUUUGAUCUCCCAAAAAUCUUGAAAUAUCUAGUUGUUAAAGACAAUAUGUUGAUUGAACAUAGACAGAGUGGGAUGUGGUGUUCCCUGUUGAUCUGUGGAUAUAUGAAUACCAGUGGCAUCCAUUUCCAAGUGUUUUGUCGGUCACAGGACUGGUUUAACUUUCACUGCUGAAUGAGACUAUUAAGACAGGGCCGAGCGUUAAGCUAUAAACAUUUUCAAUUUGGUCCUAAUUCGGCUUUCCUGACCUCUGUUUUGGUGGGUCAUACCUAUUUGAUAGAAUAUGGCCCUCUUGAAAACAUCUGAUAGAAAACCGUUGAAACAGAUAAGUCUAUUUUGAGAAUGUUAUAAGAAUAUAUAAUUGUUUUGUUACGUUUCCAUAUUUUGUAUAAAUAUUGUUAUUGUAUAUUUAAAGCCUGAACUUUUUAUUUCAAAAUUAGAAGAAAAAAUCUUGCGUUGCAGCUCAAAAAUUAAAAUUUUCGCCCCUAAAUUUGGCUGUCUGAAUGCAUAUUUAGUUACUGAUCCUAACACCGAAAAUUGGCCAUUUCACUUAUUGGACAUUUACCCUCUGAGUCUAACAAUAUUUCUUAGGUCAAUCUCGCUUGCAAAUACUAGGUACCUACUCGAGUAGUCAAGCCAUUUUUCUUUUCGUUUGCAGUUGGCUAAUCGAAAAAAAACAAAAAAAACAGCUUUUUGAUGAAAAGAAGAA